UGAUUUCAGCACCACGGCUCUGGACAGCUCCGUUGCGGAAACGGACGAGUCGGCUCCUGCGCUGCUGCGUUUCAUUCGCUAGAUGGCGCGUUAGACGCGACACAAACAGACACAGACCUGCACAGCUCCAUCCAAGCACGCAUUCUCAUACCCUCACGCCAUUGACAGUCGACCAGUAAACCUAACGGGUAAAAUCUGCUCGAGACGCCCGCUUCACCCACCUUACAACAAGCUCGCGGCCCUGACGGUGACAUCGGCGGACUAACGGAUACGAGCAGAGGCCAACGCUAUCUGUCUCACCCUGAAAGAUGGUGUCCAGAAUGAUAGCUGUGACACUCUCUGUCACUAUCCUGCACCUCACAGCAGGACUGACUAUUAUGAACACAACUCCAGAGGCCCCUCCCACUUCCGCAUCUAGUCCCCGCCCCCUGCCUGAUCUCAUCCACUCUGCUCUCCUCAGCAAAGACUCGCUCUCUUUCGCCCAACCCCCAGCAGGGGCCUCCCUCCAGGAUGGAGGUACGUCAGCAGCCAGAGGCACGACCCCUGACCCUACGCAGGCGGUCCCACCUGUGAGGCACAUUCAGCCUGUUUCUACGGUGAUGUUCCCUGGUGUCCUUACAACGGCUGUGACAUCAUCUUCCGCUCCAAGGGGGGGGCAGUCAGUUGGGGGAGGGGUCACUUCCCCCCCCACAGAGGAGGAGACCACCACCACCCUCAUCACCACGACAACCAUCACUACGGUUCACACUCCCGUUCAGUGUAAUGCCAGCCUGACGGGGCUGGAGGGCCUGGUUGAGUCUCUGGACCCCCUGGCAGCUCCUCUGUCCCCACUGGAGUGCACCUACAGCAUCGCCGUCUACCCUGGAUACGGCGUAGAGAUACAGGUCCAGAAGGUCAAUCUGUCGAAGGACGAGUCCCUGACUAUUCUGGGUGUUGGGGAGGCGGAGCCAGAACUGCUAGCCAAUGAGACCAUCAUGAAGGAGGGUCAGGUGAUCCGGAGCUCCACCAAUCAGGUGCAGAUUCACUAUCGCAGCCUCCGGCAGACCAAUCACGGGGUCUUCAGUCUGCACUACCAGGCAUUCCUGCUGUCCUGUCCGUUUCCUCUUCCUCUGGAGGGGGGAGGGGUGACGGUGACUGACCUUCACCCUGGGGGUCAGGCCCACUUCCACUGUGACCCAGGCUUCCAGGUCAGAGGUCACGAGGUCACCACCUGCUUGAACACCACACGCCCUCGCUGGAGCUCAGCCCAGCCCCAUUGUGUGGCUGUGUCCUGUGGUGGCUGGAUCAGGAACGCCACAGUGGGGCGUAUUCUCUCCCCAACCAUCGCCCCUGCCGGUAACCAUAGCGGCGGCACCAAUCUCAGUUGCCAUUGGCUGAUGGAGGCCAGGGAGGGCCACAGGCUCCACCUCCAUUUCGAGAGAGUGGCUCUGGAUGAGGACAACGACAAGCUGGUGGUACGAAGCGGAAACAGUUCAGUGGCUCCGCUGCUCUUCGACUCGGAUCUGGAUGAUGUUCCCGAGCGCGGCAUCGUGAGCGAGGGACCCUCCCUCUACCUAGAGCUGACAGCUGACUCCGCCUCCAUCCCCCUCCUCUUCGCCCUACGCUACGAGGCAUUUGAUGGGGAGCAUUGCUAUGAGCCGUAUGUUCCCCAUGGUAACUUCAGUAGCAGUGACAUGUCCUUUCCUCUGGGGGCGCUGGUCAGCUUCUCCUGCUCGCCCGGCUUCAUCAUGGAGACUGGCUCAGGGGUCAUCGAGUGUGUGGACGCCAGUGACCCCCACUGGAAUGACAGUGAACCAGUCUGUAGAGCUCUGUGUGGCGGGGAUUUGACCACGCCCACUGGGACGGUUCUGUCUCCUGAUUGGCCACAGAGCUACGCCAAGGGGCAGGACUGCGUGUGGCAGAUCCACGUCAGAGAGGACAAGCGCAUCGAACUGGACGUGCAGAUACUGAAUAUCCGCCAUAAUGACAUCUUGACCGUAUAUGAUGGUCAUGACGCCACGUCACAUGUGAUUGGUCAAUACCUGGGCCCGCGUGAGCGCUUCCGGGUGGUGUCGGGGGGGCCGGACGUCACCAUCGACUUCCAGAGUGACCCAGACGACUCCAGUUUCAUCUUGAGUCAGGGUUUCCUCAUCCACUAUCGUGAUGUGGAGCCUAAUGACACGUGCCCAGCCCUUCCACCAAUCGAGUUUGGCUGGAGUAGCUCCUCCCAUCCCUCACUGGUGCGCGGUAGCGUGCUCACCUUCCAGUGCCAACCAGGAUAUGACAUCAUUGGCUCUGACAUCAUCACCUGCCAAUGGGAUCUGUCCUGGAGCAAUAGCCCUCCCAACUGUGUGAAAAUCCAGCAGUGUCCAGACCCUGGGGACGUGGUCAACGGAGCGCGCUCAGUGCAUCCAGAGCUGGGCUUCGCCGUUGGAACCCUGGUGCGCUUCACGUGUAACCAAGGUUACCAGCUGGAGGGACCUAGUCAGAUCUCGUGUCACGGUCGCGACACAGGCACACCCAAAUGGAGUGACCGCAGUCCCAAGUGUGUCUUAAAGUACGACCCCUGUCCCAACCCUGGUGUCCCAGAUAAUGGCUACCAGACGCUGUACAAGCACAGUUACCAGGCUGGAGAGAUGCUGCGCUUCUUCUGCUACGAGGGCUACGAGCUGGUGGGAGACGUCGUCAUCAACUGUGUCCCCGGACACCCGUCCCAGUGGAGCAGCAACCCACCCUUCUGCAAAGUGGCGUAUGAUGACCUGCUGGAUGAGCACAAGUUGGAAGUUUCUCAGUCAUAUGAACCCUCCCACCAAAUGCUGAGCGAGAACAUUGCUUUGGCAAUAAUCCUGCCAAUCAUCCUGGUCAUUCUUCUGAUUGGAGGAAUCUACAUGUACUACACCAAUGUGUGUAGGCUGCACUGGAAGCCGUUGUUCUGGAAGUCUCUCUCUCACACACACUCCUACAGUCCGAUCACAGUGGAGUCCGACUUCAACAACCCUCUCUAUGAGGCGGGGGACACGCGGGAGUAUGAAGUGUCAAUCUGAAGCCGUCAAACUUCCAUUAGAAGACAAAUAUUCCUCUUCCUCCUCCUCCUCUCCUCCCCUCCUUAUGUUCAUCCCUCUCUCUCUGUCAUCUUCUGUUUCUCUCCCUCAAUUUUUGUUCAUGUUUGCCUCUCCACCCCUCCACCUC